AUUGUAUUCAUGUGACACCGGAGCGCUCAACAUGGCGCGCUGGAUAAUUAACUGUGGACUGCUGCUGCUGAUCCUGGGGAGCCUGCAGGCUCGCCUCAUCAUUCCCACGGAUGAGGAUUUAGUGCAAAUCGAAACGAAAGGAUAUCAUCAGUUAUCAAGUGCUAUUCAGCCACGUGUCGAUGACAACAGCGAGGGCAACUACCGAUUGCCAAACACUACGUCACCAGUGUCAUAUGAUGUGGAACUGUGGACGAAUGUCCACACUGGCAUCCGUGAAUUCAAUGGCACCGUCAAGAUCGAUCUGCAAGUGACUGAGGCCACCAACACGAUCACCUUGCAUGCUCGCCAAACCGGCAACUACACAGCGGAAAUUGUUAGCAAGGAUACUGCUACUGCUACACCGAUUGCUCUAACUGUGACGGACAGUUCCGCACGCGAAUUCCUGUACUUUACUCCCACAACCGGCACCAACACCUUUGCUUUGGGCACCAACUGGACUUUGACCAUCAACUACACUGGAUUCUUGCGCACCGAUCAAGGUGGUUUCUACCUCUCCACUUACACUGAUGAUGCAGGAGUAGUGCACUACUUGGCCACCACACAGUUCGAAAGCACGAACGCCCGUCACGCUUUCCCCUGUUAUGAUGAGCCCAAUCGUCGUGCCAACUUCACCAUCACACUAAAUCAUGAUCCGGGACACAAUGCCAUCAGCAACAUGCCCGUGGAUGAAACCAAGUCCACAACUGGACGAACUGUAUUCCAAACAACACCAAGAAUGUCCACCUAUCUGAUUGCCUUCAUUGUGUCUGACUUCGAGUCAACUAGUGGCGAACUGAAUGGUCUGCCUCAAAGGGUCUUCUCACGCAAGGGCAAGCAGAACGAGCAGGAGUGGGCCUUGUGGUCGGGUCUGGUAGUUGAGAAUAGUUUGGCUAAAUACUUCGGAGUCCCCUUCGCUCUACCCAAACUGGAUCAGGCUGGUAUUCCUGACUUCUCUGCAGGUGCAAUGGAGAACUGGGGCUUGGCCACCUAUCGUGAGGCGUACAUGUGGUGGACCAAAGAGGGCUCCACGAUUAAUUUGAAGACAAGCAUUUCGAAUAUUAUUGGACACGAGUACGCGCACAUGUGGUUCGGUGACUUGGUAUCUGUGAAAUGGUGGACCUACCUCUGGCUGAAGGAAGGCUUCGCCACCCUCUUCUCAUAUGAAUCGAACGACAUUGCUUUUCCCGAAUGGAAUACCUAUCAGAUCUUCCAUGUGAGCGACUACAACAGUGCUCUAAUUAAUGAUGCCUAUACCACAGCCGUGCCCAUGACACAUUACGUGCAAACACCAAAUGAGAUCUCGGGCCGUUAUAACACAUUCUCAUAUGCCAAGCCCGCCAGUGUGCUGUACAUGUUCAAGAAUGCCUUCACCGAUGCUGUGUUCCGCAAUGGAUUGAACAAGUACCUGACCAAGCAUCAAUUCAAUUCGACCGACGAAUGGGAUUUGUUUGCUUCUCUGCAAGAGUCUGCCGAUGAGGCAGGCCUUAGACUGCCAACCUCUGUCAAUAACAUUUUCUCCAGCUGGUCCCAGAAGGCAGGUUACCCGCUGCUUACUGUACAGCGUAACUACGAGGCUGGCACUUUCACUGUCAGCCAGUCGCGCUUCAUGAACGACAGGUCUCUUGAAUAUGACAGCACCUGGUAUGUGCCGAUCAACUAUGCGGUCUCCUCGAAUUUCGAUUUCCGCAACACCACCGCCUCCCACUAUCUGCUCAACGUUAAGGACACCACAGUUUCUGAUGUCAACAUUGACCAGGAUGAAUGGCUGUUGAUUAACAAACAAUCCUCCGGCUACUAUCGCGUACUGUACGACGUUAACAACUAUCGCCUGAUUGCCAAGGGUCUGUUAGAGGAGACACACAAGUUCCAUACACGCAAUCGUGCACAAUUUGUGCUGGAUGCCUAUCGUUUUGUGGACAGUGGUCGUCUUGAGCAUGAAAUCCUUCUGCUGCUGAUGUCCUACUUGAAGAACGAGGAUCAGUAUGCGCCUUGGUCCUUCAGUAAUUCCAUAUUCACCAUCUACGAUCAGUAUCUGCGAGGUGAUGCACAAUACGAUCACUUCCGUCAAUUUGUCAUCGAACAGGUUGAGGGUAUUUUCCUGAAAUUGGGCGUCAACGAACAGCCUGGAGAACACUAUCUGAACAACUAUUUGCGCGUUAUCCUGGUUAGUUUGGCUUGCCAGGUGGGUAGCGAAGAGUGUUACAAGCAAUCGCACACCAAGCUGCAACAAUGGCUGCAACAAGGCGUCGUCAUUGAGCCCACUUUGCGCACACAGGCCUACUGUGCUGGUCUCCGACAGGCUGAGGAUAUCACCUUCAAUACUGUUCUUGCUGAUCUCUUUGCCUCGAAUGUGGCAGCCGAUCGCACCUUGUUCAUCUCUUCGUUGGGCUGCUCGACCAACGCAGCACAGCUGAAGACAUUUGUUGAGAGCUCCAUUGAUAACAGCAACUCGCUGAGCAACGCAGAGCGUAGAUCUAUUCUGAAUGCAGCCUAUUCAAGAAGCGAAGCUGGUCUGACAGCCAGUCUUGAGUUCCUCGAGGCCAAUUGGAGAGCUUAUCAUGCGCUGGCCACCACAGCGGUUCCUCAGCCACUGAACACCGUGCUCUCGGGCAUGGCAACAUAUGUUGUUAGCGAAACGCAAAGGACGAGGCACCUUAACCUGAUUGAGGAAAUCUCCACAAACGAACCUACAUAUGUCAGCAGUACUUUGAGCACUUCAGUGAAUACGACAACUAGCAACAACUUCCAAUGGCUCAACCAGCAUCGUGAUCCAUUGAUCAACUGGCUUGUCAGCUAUCACAGCAGUGAGAAUGAUGGUAGUGCCUCUCUCUCCGCCUCUUUGAUUACUCUCGUUUCAGCCAUCCUGUUGCUCUGCAAAUUCUAUUAAUUUUAGAUUGUCCCCUUACCAGUGCUAACAAUAAACCAAAACUUAAUAUAAAA